UACGUCGUCAUCUAGUUGUGAUCUGGUUAGAUGUCCCGAUCACAUUUCAACCAGAAAAAUACGUCUUCAUCUAGUUGUGAUCUGGUUAGAUGUCCCGAUCACAUUUCAACCAGAAAAAUACGUCUUCAUCUAGUUGUGAUCUGGUUAGAUGUCCCGAUCACAUUUCAACCAGAAAAAUACGUCUUCAUCUAGUUGUGAUCUGGUUAGAUGUCCCGAUCACAUUUCAACCAGAAAAAUACGUCUUCAUCUAGUUGUGAUCUGGUUAGAUGUCCCGAUCACAUUUCAACCAGAAAAAUACGUCUUCAUCUAGUUGUGAUCUGGUUAGAUGUCCCGAUCACAUUUCAACCAGAAAAAUACGUCUUCAUCUAGUUGUGAUCUGGUUAGAUGUCCCGAUCACAUUUCAACCAGAAAAAUACGUCUUGAUCACUGUCGUAAUGCCCACUGGGUAGCGUUCAGAGGGUUUUGCAAGGUCAAAUUUGAUAAACAGGGUUCAUCCGGUCAGCGAGUGGGUAGAGGAGAGGAGUGCCCGCCAGGACUGGGCUGGGUCGGGCAUGCCAUCACCUCCCUACGGCCUGGAAUGCUGAGUUUGGGCCAAACUGUCCACCGUGACGUUGGAGGGUGAGAGUACACGUGGGACAGUAACCUUGUAGGUUCUCAAUAUUGCAUCAACUUCUCGCGACAUUAAAAUCUUCAAUAAGAUAAACUCACCGUACUAGUUGUCACUUGUGACGCGAGAGAAGAGCCGUUGGUCGCCGAGCAUCAGUUUUUUUUUUUGCUGAAGAUUUUCCUGCAACCGGCCAGAAGCCACAGUCACCAUCACCACUAGCUACCACUUACCACCCCGACAAUGAGCGACGACGAGCAGACCAAGCUGCUGGAGUGUGCCGGUCCCCCGACCGCGUCUCCCGGGAAGAAACCCCCGCGGAUGCCCAAGUGUUCCCGGUGCAGGAACCACGGCUACGUGUCGCCGCUGAAGGGACACAAGCGCUUCUGCAACUGGAGAGACUGCCAGUGCCAGAAAUGCAAACUGAUCGCGGAGCGGCAGAGAGUUAUGGCGGCCCAGGUGGCUCUGCGAAGGCAGCAGGCUCAAGAGGAGGAGAUGGGGCUCUGUAGCCCAGCCACGCUGUCCAGUCAGGAGGUUGUUGUGAAGAAUGAGCCCACUGGAGACUGUCUGUCCUCGGUGUCUGGAGGACGAUCACCUACCUGUGGAAACACCUCAGCUGGUACCUCACCUUCUAAUGCAGGUAGUCGUUCUGGCUUGGCAUCCAGCCCCACAGCGUUCAGUAGGGGGCAGUCUACUGACGGAACAGCUGACCUCCUGGUGGACACCUCCUACUACAACUUCUACCAGCCGUCACGCUACCCUACAGCCUACUACAGUAACCUGUACAACUACCAACAAUACCAGAUGCCGAACGGCGAGAGUCGUCUAUCCAGCCACAACGUGUCUCCUCAGUACCGGAUGCAUUCCUACUAUUCCUCUGCCUCCUACCUCAGCCAGGGGCUAGGCCAGGGGUUGGGCCAGGGUCUGGGCCAGGUGCUGGGCCAGGGAUUGGGCCAGGGAUUGGGCCAGGGGAUGGGGACCACGGCAGCCUGUGUUCCCCCCAUCUUCUCUCUGGAGGACAACACCUGCCAUGACACCAAGCAGACCUCCUUCUCCCCAGUGAGUGGAGGCGCUAACGGCCAUGACGGUCUAUCCUGUCUGUCCAUCAGCUCCCUGGUCAACAGCUCUGAGGGGAAGACUGAGUGUGACGGACAAGAUCAGGGACAGGGCUUUACUGUCGACUCCAUCAUAGAGGGAAACCACAAGUAACCAGAGAGAGGAAGCGAAAAAACAUCUAAAAUCACACUCUUUUUGAAGUCUAUUUGUUGAAAUAAAGGUUUUGUUUCUGUAAACUUUCUUCCAAUAUUGUCAUUCUGAAGAUAUUCAAAGUGUGGUUAUUUUGUCCUGUCUGAGCUCUAUAUAAAUGGUUCUAGUGAGUGUGGUCUGUUAGCCAGGGGGAAGGUGAACAUAUAGGGGAGUUAUGAAUCAUGUUGCCUCCCUAGAUCUAUGCCAGUCUAUCCUACUC